AUGGAGACUACAAAGAGCGCUAAUACACUACCAGAUACAUACAUACCGCACCGCUCCACUCACGAUCUCUCCACGCUACUUGAACGUUUACACAUUAAUUCUUUGUACCAACUUUGCAUCCAUUGGACACAAUCAACAACCACACAACCUUUUGUCCCCCAGGACUCAAUCUACACACAGCAGGGUCUCUGUAAUAAACUACUCAAAGAAAUCAAGAGCUUUCGAAAGAAUGCACAAGGCAAGAAGGGUGGCGUUAUUCGGAAAAUAAUAUACGAGUAUUGGACAAAUGGAUUGAAUCUACUACAACUUGCUCAAUUGGAUUGUCAAUUGAUAGUAGACGCUUCUGAACAUUUUAGUUGGAACUAUUCAACGAUCUCAGAUUUAGAAGACAAGCUAUGUUGUCCUGAUAUAGACCCUCAACAUGUGACUCAAAAUGUGGCUGCAAGAUUGAGCAAACUUUAUUUUACCCAUGUUUACAUAUUAAAGCACCCACAACUACCUUUACACAUAACUAGAGUUCAAGUGUUUGAUCUCAACCAACAAGAAGGUCUAUUGGACGGCGAGGGGCCACAAGUGACAUCCCACAAACCAUUCUUUUUUUGUCUACUGAGUGAGUCGUCACCUUACCUUUUGCACUCAGUAAAGGGCAAUGAUAUACUUUUCAAUUUGAUAAUGCAAACUAUUGAGGAAUGUAUACAUACACAUAAUCACAUUCCGGUAAAACUUGACACACCAUUGGAUCAGAAGUCAAUUCAAUCUUUGGAGACAAUUUAUACGUUAAAGGGAGACUCACGAUUGGGAAGAAGUUUAGGUAUAUGGACCCCAUACGCUGAUGGUGUUGUUGAUCUUACCCCAUUCGGUGCAUUAGACAAGCAUCACAUGCUACAGGAGAAGUCCCACGCCAAAGAUGCAGAUCACACAGGUGAUAUAUCACAGAUUGUUGCAAGUCUUCGAUUUAAGGGAGUCGUUACAGAUAAUCACACAUCAAGAAAACGGCAAUUUGAAGCGAUUGAAGACAAUACUUUACUAAACACAUCCGAGCUGAAUCCCGGCUCUCAAUUUGCGUCGCGUACACCAUUACAAGUCGCCGAGUUUGUCAUUCAAGAACCCAUCAACCCCGGCCAAUCUAAUUCAAGGUCCAACAUCAAACUCAAAUUCUCUGGAUCCGACGUAUUUGGUGGACUUCACGAACUAUCAACAGCAAUUACUGAUCCAAAUGAGAUGGUCAUAAAUCCAACAGAGAUACCCAGCUGGCUAACCGGAGAGGAUGGCGCUACGUUUGGACAUGUAAGGAAUGGAGAAUUCAAUUCGUAA